UGCUAUGGGCAACGCCUGCCAAAGUUUUGCAGUUUUAAAGAAAUCAAGAUGGCCGACCAACCAGAAGAAACAACUCCUCAAGAAAACCCAAAAACAGAGGCAGAUAGACCAGCCUCGGCCGGAUCUAAAGGCUCUGCGGUUUCUAAAAAGUCUAUUGGAGAUGCAGUUAGCAAAUUAACCGUAAAAGCGUUGAAGGAUUUUCGACUCAGUGAUCCAAGCGAUGUCGAUACAACUGUUACAGGGGCUGAGAGCGAAUUCAUCCCCGGAGCAAACCUUAACAUCGACUUGCCCAGUCUUGGAAUGCCAGAGGGGACCGUCGGACAGACUUUGCUUUCUGAUCAAGGAGGCGGUAUUAGUGGUGGUGUUUAUGGCGACGAUGACGACGAUGGUGAAGAGGUUUACGAUGAUGGUCAAGGCGGUGUUGAUGAUGAUGAUAUUUCAGACGAGGAGUCGGACGGAGAAAGCGAGAUGGUGGUCUUAGACCCUGAUCAUCCUCUCAUGUUGAGAUUCCAGGCUGCAUAUAAGGCUCACUUGAUAAAACAAGAGGAAAAAGUCAACUUGGAGCUCAGAGAACUGUCUGAAGACUUGAAGAACAAGAAGCGCGAGAGGGAGGAGCUUGGCGUCAAGUUGUAUGGUGUCCAGCAAGAAUUGGCCAGACAGCAGAUGUUGCUAGAAAAAGAGCAUGACAAGUACAAUGAGGAGAAACAGCAGGCGAACCAGAGCGAGAUGGCGCUAUCAGAAGUCAAGGACAUGCACAAGAAGGUUAUUGACGACCUCAAUCACAACAGAAAGAAAGCAAGGGAGCUUAGAACAGAAGUGGAGAACAUAGCAGCUCGUCUGCACUACAUGGAGGAGGCAAAGGAAGAUGUGCGCUCAGACAUCUCAGUGAUGAGGAGAGCAGCAGAGAAAGCUGACACUGAAGUCAACAAAGCUGAAUCAGAGAAAAAGAAACAGGAUUUGCUUGUUGACCGGCUCACACUGACAGUAGACCAUCUACGUGAGGAAAUAAACAUGUACGAAGCACAGUGCAUUGCUCAGCUUGAAGAAACAAAAGCUGCCAAGAAAGCUCUUUCAGAAGCCAUCACUGAAAUUGAGGCUUUGCAGCUGGAACAGAAGCAGCUUCUGCAGCAAUGGAACAGCAGUUUGAUAGGCAUGAGAAGGCGUGAUGAGGCAUAUGCCGCCAUGCAGGAUGCUCUAAAUUUACAGCGCCAGAGAAUUCAAGCCAUUGAAACAGAGAUAGAAGGCUACAAGCGAUCCAUCAGCAAAGCACAGGAACAAAAUGAACAGAUCACCCUGAUGCACAACAAGAUUGAAGCAGACAUCUCCAUGGUCAAGAAACAGAUCUCCAUCAGUCGCACAAAGCAGGAAGCACUCAAGACGGAAUACACUACUUAUACCCGUACCUUACACCAGACGGAGCAGAGCCUAAACAGAGCUCAGACGGAAGUGGUGUUGAAGGAUAGCGAGUUGACUGCGCUAAGGAAGCAGAUUGAGCGAGAGUUCCAGGAAAAGGUUGGGCUAGAGGACACGAUCAUGGAGAAACUCCGCUCACAGCUCACGAUGGACAAGGCAUCACAGUACACUAAGAAGAUGACGGAUAGAAUGCGCAGGCGUGCUACAGAGAUGCAAAGUUCAGUAGCUGAGGUAGAGAAUGAGAUUUCUCGUGAUGUCCUGGAGAUUUCCAACACAACAACACGCAUUCGCCUGCUGCAAGAGGUAAUGGACUCGCUAAACGAUGAGAUUCACCAGAAGAACGAGGACAUCUCCAAGAUUGAGAACGAGAUAGUCAAGUGUAACGCCAUCAUUGAACGCAAGCAGAGUACCAUUGACCAGUACAAUAAGAGGAUUGACCAGAUACGUAGCAAGGAUGGGGGCGAGGAACUUGGCCCUCUAGAGCUACAGAUCCACACGCUACAAAAGCAAAUAGAGGCACGCAUGAACGACAUUAUCCAGCUCCAGCAGUUUUGGUUACGGAGCCAGAGCGAGUUGGUGAAGACGGCCAAGGACGUACAACAGCAAAACAGUGAUAUGAAGUACUACAAGAAACAGUAUACUAUACUUCAACAGAAGAAGCUCAGGAUUGAAGGUGAGAUUGGCUCUCAUCGGAACGAGAUCGCGUCGAUUGAGCGUAACAUUCGCAGCAUGCAAAACGACAUGACGAAACUGAACACACUUAUCACCAAGGAGCAUGGCUACAAGGAGAACCUGGAGCAGAGUAACAUUCUCAUGGAGACGGACUUUAUACAGUCUCUCAAGGAGGCUGAGCACGAAUCAAUUGAGAUGCAGAACCAGAUCGAGGCUUUGAUGGAAGAGAAGGAGCGGUUACUCAACAGUCUGGUUGAGGCGGAGCGCCAGAUCAUGUUAUGGGAGAAGAAGACCCAGCUGGCACGUGAGGCCAAGCACGCGGUUGACUCGGACUAUGGACAGGGCGAGAUCCACUCCAUGAAGGCAGAGAUCCACCGCAUGGAGGUGCGCUAUGCACAACUGAUGAGACAGCAGGAGAAGAUGAUUCAAGACAUGGAAAAGGCAGUGGUGCGACGAGAGGUCAUUAUAACCAGGGGUGACGCGCAGGCCAAGAUGGGCCGAGUCGCCAACACCAAGGGAUCUUUCCAGAAGAAACUAGUCGACAUGAAGAAGAAAAUCAAGCAAACGAACAACGACGCCAACGCAUGCGAUGCUGAGAUCCAAGGUUUGCGCGAGAACCAGGUGCACGUUAGCCAAGAGCUGGAAGAAAAACAGGUCACGUGCCAGCAGCUCCAAAGCCGAUUGGACGAGCUUGAUGCUGACGUAGACAAGAUGGCGGAAGACAGGCAGAGGAAUCUUGCCGACAUAGUGGCCAUACAGCAGAAAGCCAAGUACUACAAUCAGCUGAAAGAAGGACGCUACACGGCGCUCUGCAAGACGCCCGAGUCACUAGAGGCGGAGAUGCAAAAACAGCGGGACCGCUUGCAGUCACUUAUGACUAUCGUGGACAGGCUUAACCAGGAGUUCCCACACGCGCAGCCUGUCCUUAGGAAAGUUACCCUUUCUCUUGGGCGGAGAGGCCUCCCAGACGACGCCUAGAUCGCGCCCUCCUCCCUCCCCACACACAUCGCCCGCCAUACCUCUUUGCCACUACCAUCCUCCGGCCCAUACACACACAUCGUCCUCACACUCUAAUUCACCCCAACCAAACAUGCCCAGGAUAAUCAUCCCUUACCCUAACCCUCCCCAGUUGCACCUCACAAAUUCCAAGCUAGUACCUCAUCUCAGGUUUGAAAUUUUGUCUUUAGAAUAUAAAAGCUCAAGAUUUGAGCAAUAGUUCACGAGUAAUUUAGUUGAUUUAUUUGGUGCCAUUUUAUCAUAAAAAGUUAUGUGAAUUUACCCAACAAGGGAAUGUAUUAUAUAGUGUACAGUUUGUGAAUAAAGUGUUGAUCGCUCCUCAA